AUGGCUGGGGCGAUUCUGAUUACAGGGGCCAACGGAACACUAGCGAUUCCCGCUGUGGAAUAUUUAUUUCGGACCUAUCCGAAAUACACAGCGAUUUUAACUGUUCGGGAUGAUUCCGACAACUAUCCCACUACACGAAAGUUACGGGAAACAAUAUCACGAUACCCUGAGGUGGAUGCAUCAAUUCGCAAACUCGAUCUUACCAGCCUGUCUUCGGUACAUGAUUUUGCGACGACGCUUUCCGAUGAGAUAAUAGCGAAGCGAGUUCCGCCUCUGAAGGCAAUUCUAUGCAACGCAUGCUACUGGAAUCUUGUUGGCGAUCCUGAGACAACAUCGGAUGGCUACGACAAAACAUUCCAGAUCAAUCACAUCUCUCAAGUCGCAUUAGUACUUCGGCUCCUCGAUAACUUUGCGCUAGAUGGAGGCCGUAUCGUGAUGUUUUCUAGUGAGGCGCAUAGCCCUGGUCGAGCUAUUCUAGAGAAAUUUCCACCGGUGAUUCCUGAGGAUCUCAAUCUACUUGUCAGGCCCGUUGCGAAUGUUGACAAAGCUGGUGCCGGGUUUCAUAGAUAUGGCAACUCUAAGUUGGCCAUCACCGCCUGGACUUAUGCAUUCAAUCGCUUUCUUGAGAAGGACCCUAGUCUCAAGAGAAUUACCGCCGUAACAUACAACCCGGGAAGUCUCGUAGACUCCCGCCUGUUUGACAGGAAUGUGGCAACAUCGACGAGACUUCUCGUUCAAUACAUCGUUCAACCAUUGUUACCUUUGGCAAGGCAUCAAUAUCCUCAGAUGCGCUUAGCAUCUGAGUCUGCAGCCGACGCUAUCGAGCUUGCGCUUGACCAUGUUCACCCUGGCGAAAGAUACUAUCUUGAAUUACUAGAGAAGGAUGAGAGCUCGCCUGAGAGCCGCGAUGAAGUCAAACAGGAAAGGUUAUGGAUUAAGAGUCUUGAAUGGGCGAAGAUAAACAAGACCAAUACCGCCCUUCAGAAUGCAUUUGAAUAAUUGCUGCACAACUCCAUUGACAAAACUAAGCGACUCAGACGAGUGCGAGAACA